UGCAAUACAACGGUGCUGCUUUUGUUUUGAAAAGCGUUAUUUGUAUUACUUCCGUGUGGACGUAUGCGCGUGUGCGAUUGUGAGUGAAUUGAACGGCGCAAUAACAAAUUACAAAAUAAAGUUUAAAAAACAUCUAUGUCGUGCGCGCAAUACAACUGUGCUGCUUUUAUUUUGAAAUGUGUUAUUCAUGCCAUAUGUCCGGGGGGAACCUGUGAGUGCAGGUGCACAGCGACAAGUGAUGAGACGCUAAAAAAAGAAAAGUUGAUGACGAAUGGCGUGUUUUGGACUGGCAAGUAUUUCUUUACAUAAAUUAAUGGUAAAGCCGUGUGCUUAAUUUGUGGUACACAGCUUGCUGUGUUUAAAGAAUAUAAUUGUAAUCGCCACUACACGAAGAAACACGAGGGAAAAUACCGGAAUGUGUCUGAUGAAGCGCGCGCAAGGGAGGCUGAUGCGUUGAUGGUAAAACUGCAAACCCAACAAGUACUUUGUGCCAUAUUUCACACCCCCAGAGAUGCAGCCGUCAGGACAAGUUUCGUCAUUUCUCACAAAAGCGCCAGAAAAAGUAAGGCGUUUUCUGACGGAGAGUUUAUUAAGGAGUGCUUAUUGGACUCUGUUGCGCUGUAUGCCCGGAGACAAGGACUGUUUUUCGCUAACUUUGGAUGAGAUCUGUGAUGUACGUGACACCUCCAGCUGCUCUUCUUCUUACGUGGGAUAACUGCAGACUUUCAAAUCACGGAGUAGGUGGCAGCCAUGCAGUCAAUUAAAGAGACAACCACAGGACAUGGUGGGUCCAGACAGGCGCGGCGGGUACCAGCACGUCUGCCGUUUGGCCACUGCCCUUGUUAAGCUGCGGCCCCACCUGUUUGUACGGCCUCAACAGGAGAGGCGGAUUGUCAAAUUUUGGUGGAAGCUGCCAGAGACAGACAGAGUUUCGGUCAGCCUUCCACCCCGCCACAAGCCAAACCACUUGAAAGGGGUGAACAGCGUAAAACAGUUUGUGUGCAAGACAAUUUAUUUUAUUUUCGGUUGUUCAUUUUCACAUUUGUCUCACCAGUGUGACUUUGGUGUUCUUUCCAUCUAGUCUGUUCAUCGAGCAGGGUGCCGAAGUGGCACACUCUCCAGACAGCAGCAGGUUGGUGGAGGCCAUCUUCAUUCAGCUGUGCAGCCUCCACAGUCAGGGGCACAGCAUUAACGGGUUCCGGAUCAGCCGUUGGGGACUGGUCUUGCGGGAUUACACACGUAUUCGGAAGAAUCUGUGCCAUCAGAGCUGCUGGCCCCAUUCAUCUCGUGGAGGUCAACCACCGCUCGCUCUCACAAUGGUUCAACAAGAGGCACAAGGACAUGUCCACUGCUGAUGUCAGUGCAACAGUGCCAGCACCGAUUUCGGAGGCAAUGACGAAAGAGUCACUUCCUGCAGCCAAAGGAUGGAUUGCAGAGGUCACCCACCCCCGUGAAUCACCAAAUUAUGAGCAUCUAGCUGACACAUCUGGCCUGGCAUCGACACUGGGCGCGCCUGUCGUGCCAAAGCUCUAUCGUGCUAUUGCGUGCCGUGCUGCUCCUUUAUCCCCCACUUUUGCUGCUGCAUCCUCCACCUGUGUUGCUGCCGCCGCAUCGGCCACAUCUGCUGCUGCUGCCACCACGUGCGCCUCCACUAAGAUACCACGCUCAACAGCCUGGUAUAGCAAAAAGAAGGCUCUCAACCAAGGAUUUAUCAACGCCCUUCCACCGAAACAUAAUGAGUGUUUCAGAUGCAAGCUUUGUGGCUUUCCCAAGAACAAGGAGCAUGGCCACAGUCGCUACAGAAACGAGACCUUCUGCUCACGUUCCCAGGGGCUUUCGGUGGAGGAGUGGCUAGCUGAGAAGAGGAGCCAGAAAACUCCAAGACAGAGGCAAAUCCAGCACAUGAGGGGCGUUCGCCAAUUGCAACCAAGAACAAUAGACACUACUAGCCGACUGCGGAAAAUGUUGCCAAAGCCGCAACUGUAAUCCUUGUGGGCCUGAUUUUAAAAAGGCAUUGUUUAUUGUCUUCUUUUUUAAUUAUGUACAUUAUAAUGUACGUUAUUGAAUUGUGUAUUGUGUCCCUCUUGUACAUUAACAUGUACAUUAUUUUACUAUUGUCUUUCUUGGCAA